AUGUCUUCUGCUACUGAGCUUCGAACCGACCACUUUGUUUCGCUGUCCCUUGGGGAGCGUGUAAACGAUGAAUCUGACGUUGAGGCUACAACGCUAGCACAACUAUGCAGAACGUCGCUUCAUGCACUCUCUGAAAUCAAGGAUGUUGUUGAUCCGUCUCGCGGGUAUACCGCCGAGCAGGUCCUUGCGCUGCCGUUGACGAAACAUCGUGCGCCGGAUGAAUUGUAUAGUUUGCCACGUCGUCGAUCCGCGAGACAUGAACUAGCUGAGCGGGUGGCAUAUUUGCUGUAUCCUGUUCAUAGCGGCUCGUUGACGUCGCUGAUUCGAUAUGAGGAGGAUCGUGUACGGCUUCGAGGAUGGGCGGCGCUGCAGAAGAAGUAUGAUCUGUUGCAGGCUACGAAACGACAUGGGUAUACUAUUGACGGUGAUGAGAUUGGACCUCGCGUGCCGGCGUGGGCAAGUAGAAUUACGAGGCAGGGGGUGUGGGAUCCGGCAAAGAGGCCUGUUUCGCUGGACGGCGUGCCGGGGAUUCCUAUGCCAGUGAAGGUAUCGCAGGGCACGCAGCUGGAGCCGUUUUUCGAGCAUCUCCGGAAUAGUGGCACGCAUGAGCUUGGUCCUUCGACAGACGGGAAGGAGUUGGAUGAUGGGAAGGGCGAGCCGCAUUAUAAGGUUCGUGGUGCAGAGUUCCGCAGGGGGGUUGUGUAUGAGGAUGGGAGGAUGGACCUGUGCAAGAUGGUGGUUGGGCCGGAUCACAUCUGGAACUUGAUGGAUAGUUUACGGACGAAUUCGUUUGUUCGCCAUUUCCUGCUGGGCAACAAUAUCAUUGGGCCGUCGGGGGCGAAGGCUAUUGCUACGUUUAUCAAGGAGUUUCCUGAGAGGAUGGACACCUGGUACUUGGCUGGCAAUUGUAUCGACGGGCCUGGGUUCAAGGAGAUUGCGGAUGCCAUGGUGUCUUCGCCUGCGGUGACGAAUGUCUGGAUGAAGAGGAAUCCGCUUGGUGCUGCGGCUGCGGCGGAUGUGUAUCGACUUAUUACACUGACGCCGAAUCUGCGGACCCUGGAUCUUGACCAGACGGAGUUGGGCAAUAAGGGCGUGACGGACCUGUUUAACUUGCUGGCAGGGUAUUCUGGACCCAAGGGAUCGGUGUUGCCCCUUCGGAAUAUCUAUCUCAAUGGUUGCGGUAUUUCGGUUCAAGCCGCCGAGGCGAUUGCGUCGUUUCUGGUGAACCCUCACUGCGGGUUGACAUCGCUUUACUUGUCCUGCAAUCCGCUUGGAGACACGGGCAUCGAAGCACUGGCGAGGGCAUUGCCAAACGCACCGAAUCUAACUCGUCUGUCAUUACAAUCAGUCGGAGUUAGCACCCAAGGUGCGAUUGCGCUGUGUGAAAGCCUGACUGGUCACCCUGGCAUUCGUUGUCUCGAUCUGGGCCAGGCUUAUGCGACGGAGGAUUUGCAGCAGGCGUAUAAUUACAUUGACGAUGGCGCCGUUCCUUUUAUUUGCAAGCUGUUGAAGACUAGUCGGCAGCUCGAGCUUCUGAAUCUUGCUCACUGUCCCAUCACGACGCCUGGUCUGUUGGAGAUUUCGUCCGCAAUCUUGCACAGCUCGUCGAUGCUGUACUACUUUGCCGUUUCUAUUGUGCCGGACCCCACUCGCAAGGAAGUUACAUUUACACCGUCUCGCGAUUUGCACUUUCCGGAUCCUUCUUCUCCUGGGCGGCCGGAGAUUGAAGCCAACAGGGCGGUCCUGGAGCGUUUGGAGGCUAAUGUCAAGGCGAAAUAUGGCCAGGACAUGACUUAUACCGAGUUCCGAUCGGACGAGAAACGCUGGUUGAAUAACGACAAAGAGGAUGUUCGCAAAAUCGACAGCGUUUAUCGCAAUAGGGAUGCCAGUAAAGCGCGUAGGGGCUUGAUGACGCUGGUCAAGGACUGGGAAGAAGGUGAUAACACCCUGGCUAGGGUGAAGAAGGCCCAGGCGCCGGUGAUGGUUGCGGGCGUUGGUGCUUAG